UUCGUAUCUUGUGUGAACGCGUCAUUUCCUAAUUAAAAUAAAUUAACCUUAAUUAAAACAAAUUAAUUAACAUCCCAGUAUUUCCCUUAUGGUCACCGUCCUCUCUUCUCACGCCGUCUCAAGCGGUCCCAGCUACCACGAAAUUAUGACAGGUUCAGUUGUAUUAUCAUAUCUUCCAUUGCACUGCACGAAAUAAAAAAAUAUAAUCAUGCAUUGAGUCGGGCAAACAUACCCGCUUAAUGAUAUGAGCAACUAAUCAAUCAUAAGUUUCCUCAGUGUGCACCUGCUAAUCUGGAAACCAGUCUUCUGCUUGAAAUCGGUGAUUCUUCUCGGAUAUUCCGGUUGCGUUGCCCUCGCCCGUAGAGAGCAGGAAAACCAUGUACGCUAGGAACACGGACCAAGGAAUGACUCACUCUCUCUCAAGGAAACAAGGUUGAAGGAAGCGAAGACCUUCCCGUCCGUUCCCGUCCGCUCCUGUACACAGAUCAGUGUAAUCUGGAGGUUAUGACAGAAAGAGUGUGACAACAUUUUGUAAUCCGUGGUGAAUACUAUUAGAACUUAAGAUGUGAUCCGUGCUUUUGAGUUGGAAUGGUAAAGUGAUGAGAAUGAAAAAUGCGAAAGUGUACGUAUGUAAGUUAUUUUCGAAAGACAUUAUUAAAGGAUUAUACUUCUCUUUGACUGAGAAAAGUUUAUCGUGCUUUGGUUAUACAGAAAUACAGUAUUGAUAAUGUAACCAAUUAGCUGAUAGCAGGAAAAUUGACAGCCUAUUGGCUUUUGUUCAGUGCUAGAUGCUUGGUUGUUUAGUGUAUAAAUAUAUUUUAUUUGGCUUAAGAGAAGUGAUCAGUGGGUUGGGAACGAAAUGGGUACCACGUACGAAGAUGCCGUUACAGAUUUCGUAUCAAGACAACUGGAUCUUCUUGAAUGUGAGAGGAAAGAAGAAUACGAACAGUCCAUGAGGCUGUUUACCACUUCCGAAGGUGCUGUCUGCCUAAAAAAUGUAACAGCCUUUUCCUAUAUUUCAUGUUUAGGAGGUUAUGUGAUAGUUGAGUUUCGAAGUGCUAGAAACAGUGUUCUACAAGUACAUAAUCUAACACGUAGAGAUGUUGUGGGUGUGAUAGAAGGAUCCAAUAUUCGGAGCACUCCGUUAGCAACAGGCGUUGUUAAAUUCAGUACUGACGAAAGCAUUGGAGUCUCAUUUGAGGAUAUCAGUAGUUUCAGUGAAGAAAAUGGAGUUGUAUAUACACUGGUGAAGCUGGCAAAUGAUAUAACCUAUUCUCGACUAAAGUCAAGUUUAAAAGAUCUAACUCACAUAAGUAAACCUGGUAAGGUGCUUGUGGAACUGCUAUUUGGCAAAAGUAAUUGCUUGGAGCGAAUUCCACUUACUCCUCUUAUGCUUGAUGCCCAAGGAGAGUUAAUGUAUAUUAAUGUCAAUCUCCAUGAAGAUCAAAAGGAGGCUGUCAAGUUUGCACUUGAGAUGAAGAAUCUGGCUGUGAUUCAUGGACCACCAGGCACUGGGAAGACAACAACACUGGUAGAGAUAAUACUUCAUAUGAUACAGGCAAGAAAUAAAGUUCUGGUAUGUGCCCCAUCCAACAUAGCCGUGGACAAUUUAGUUGAAAGGUUGGCCAGCCACAAUGUGAAGAUGGUACGUUUAGGUCACCCAGGAUGUGUAAUGGAUAGUGUAGCAAGAUAUUCUUUGGAUGCAGUUGUGGAUAGAAGUAGCAGUACACAAAUUGUCAAAGAUAUUCAAAAGGAAUUGAAUGAUGUGUUGAAGAAGUUAAAGACUAGACAUCGCAAGGAGACAUUCUCAGAACUUCAUAAAGAGUUGAAGAACCUUCGGAAGGAACUGCAUCAAAGGGAAUCACGUGCAUUGAAAGAAGUGUUACAGGGAUCAGAUGUAGUGCUUUCAACUCUUGUCACAGCAAGUGAUGCAGGACCUCUUAAAUAUGUUCCAGAAGACCACUUCCAUUGUGUUGUGAUUGAUGAGUGUUCUCAGGCACUGGAAGCAGCUUGUUGGAUAGUUCUUCCUAGGGCUCCUAAAGCUAUCCUUGCAGGUGAUCACCUUCAGCUUCCCCCUACAGUGAUUAGUCAGAAAGCUGAGCGGGGAGGUUUAGGUUUGAGUCUCAUGGAAAGAGCAGUGGAGAAGUUUGCAAAAGAAGGGUAUCGGUUAUUACAGCGCCAGUUUCGAAUGCAUACUGAUAUUAUGACUUGGCCAUCUCAGGAGAUGUAUGGGGGACAAUUAGAGGCCGACCCGUCCGUUGGCAGCCACUUACUGAAAGAUCUUCCUCUUGUGAAGUCUACAGAUGAAACUGAAAUGUCAAUCUUGCUCGUGGACACUGCUGGUUAUCACUUAGAAGAGGAGAUGUUUGAAACAUCACGAUGUAACAGAGGGGAAGCAGGAAUAAUUGCCAUUCUCAUAAAACGACUGGUAGCAGCUAAUGUUCCACAAACUUCUGUGGCUGUGAUAACUCCAUACAAUUACCAGGUGGAAAUGAUAAGGGCUCAUAUCCCUCACUUGAAUGGCAUAGAGGUGCGAUCUGUGGAUGGAUUUCAGGGCCGUGAAAAAGAAGCCAUCCUGUGUUCUAUGGUUCGAUCAAAUUCACAGAGGGAAUUGGGGUUCAUCUGUGAUCGGCGCAGACUAAAUGUUGCAGUUAGCCGUGCUCGUAGGUUUCUGUGUGUUGUGGCUGAUUCUAGUACAGUGUCAUGUGAUAGCACAUUGGCAAGCUUGAUCGAUUACAUUGAACAGCACGGUGUUGUCCACUCUGCAGGACAGUAUUUAUCAGAAUUGGAAACUCCUAAGGAAGUCCUACAAAACCCAAAGUUCCAGUUUCAGAAGAAGAUAAAAAGUGAGAUGGGAAAUGAUAAAAAAAGCAAAAAAGCAAAAAAGAAAAUUGUUGAUGUUCAAGAAAAGCAAGCUGUGAAUGUUGAUAGAGAGAAGAAAGACACACAGCAGGCAAAGAAUGAACAGGUGAAAGAGGAUUAUUAUCAGUCAUUUCUUCAAGAGUUUGUUAGGAACAAUGAGCAGAUGGAGUUGAAGUUUCCAAAAUCCAUAUCAGCAUAUGACAGGAAAUUAAUUCAUGAAGCAGCCUCAAAACUUAAUCUUCUUCACAUCAGUGUUGGUGAAGGGAAUGACAGACACAUUGUGGUUCACAAAGCAGUUGCUGAUAGACCCUCAGUUGGAAAUGUAAACAUCACAAAGAAGCCCAACAACAAUUUAAAAGUGAAGGUCAAGGAACCAAAUGAUUCUUCCAAUGAACAAGUGAAGUGCAACGUAGAGCAUGCUACCAGAGCUUCUGCAGAGGAGUCUGCCCCAGGGCCAAGUGAACUGAGAGAAAUGAAGAAAACUGAAUGUAAGAAGAGUGAGAAAGUUAGCAAGAAAUCAAAAAAAAAGCAAGAGCUUGAAGAUUUUGAUUCAAUAAUUGAAGAGUUUAAAGAAAUGGAUAAGAGAUGUUUAUGGAGUAGUUGCAGAAUUGCAACAGAUUUAGUUGGACUGACGUGCGCUCAUUGCAAGCAAAGAUUUUGUAUAAGUCAUGGCUUUCCUGAGGUGCAUGGCUGUGGAGAAGCCGCCCGUAAAACAGCAAAACAUGAAUUCCGUCAUCCUAAACCCACAAAACCUGAUCCUCUCAAAAGAAGUGCUGUGAGCAAGAAGUUGGAGAAGAAACUUGCACAGAUGGCAGAAGAAAGGAAACGUCAGAAGAAAGAAACCUGAAGAAUUAUUGCUUUUGUAUGUUUAUUUAUAUACCUUCUCUGUCUAAAUCUUUAUUGCAUGUGGCAUUUGCAAUAAAAAUUGAGCCUGUGAUGUUCUUCUGAACGAUAUAGAUUAUAUCUGAAGCUUAAAGACUUGAAUUAAUUUUGUUUCACAUAAGUAAACAAGCAUUCUUCACUACAAAUAACAAACCAUGCAAAAUGACAAGGCAAAACACUGAGAAAAAUGAGAAUAUUUCUUGCAGAUUUUGUGACAUAACUAAAACACUAGAAUUUAAUUUAAUUUAUUUUGAGCUGAAAUAGCUAGCUCAGUGAAGUGGCAGGGUAGAUAGGUGACAGGUGGAUUCCUGUUAAGAGACAGUGAUUAUGAAAAUUUGGAAGAUCAGGGUUUUAUAAGAGGAAAUUUAAAUUUUAACCAAGUGAGUGCAUACAAAACUGUGGGAGGAAAAAUUGUAAAUAUAUUGAGUCGAAAGUAGGAGUAAUGGUACAUCAUAUAAGUUACUAAUGGCUGUAUUACAACAAGGCAGCCACCUUUUCAAAAAUGUUUAGUCAUGUAAGGCAAUUUUAUUGACUCAGCAUUUGAAUAAAAAGCGUGUUACACUUGA